AUGGAGUGGAGACUUUCUUUCCCAUAUCAUCUUUCAUCCAUCAGGAUGAUAUCUUUCUUUGUUAAAGCUAGAACUCUCCUGAUUCGACAACAAAUUUCUCAAGAGAAGGCUGGUUUGAGUAUGAGCAUAGACAAGAGUCAAGAUGGUGUGGAAAUUAAAGAUGUGCUAGAUAAGUCCUCAAUGAUGAGGCGCACUAAAUUAGCCCAACUUGCUUCAGUUGCGGUUGAUGAAACCUCAAUGUUGGAGGAGGGGACCAAACUCUUAACAAAUACACUUGAAGCAACUAUUGAAUCAAUCAGAGCCAUGAAGUCAAGUAGAUGUGGACAAAGAUUGUUAGCAAAAAGGAAGGACAUUCAUGAGCAACAAAAUUUCAAUGAUUCACUUCAAGUUGGGGCAAAAGGAUGUGGAAAGCAUUUGAAAUCAUCGAAAGAGAAGGCCAUGGAUAAACUUGGACAAUGCCAUGGUUGUGGCAAAAUUGAGCAGACGCACACCAUGGGUAAUUCAUGUGAUUCACAAAAUACUAAUGAUCCUAGUGAAUAA